AUCCGCUGGACUGUGAGUGCCUUUUGUCCUGGGGUGAGGGGGUGAUGCAUGUGGCCUCUGACUGGCUGCAGCUCUGUCUCCAGCUGGGGCAGAACCAGGCCUAGCUCCUUCUUAGGACCCCUGAGGAGUGAGGCUGUGAGAUGGCAGACAGCUACACGGAGCUGGAGAGGGCGGUUGUGGUCCUGGUGGAAAACUUCUACAAAUACGUGUCUAAACACAGCCUGGUCAAGAACAAAAUCAGCAAGAGCAGCUUCCGGAAGAUGCUUCAGAAAGAGCUCAACCAUAUGCUGACGGACACGGGAAACCGGAAGGCUGCUGACAAGCUCAUCCAGAACCUGGACGCCAACCACGAUGGGCGCAUCAGCUUCGAUGAGUACUGGACCUUGAUAGGAGGCAUCACCAGCCCCAUCGCCAACCUUAUCCGCCAACAGGAGCAGCAGAACAGCAGCUAGAGGACCCCUCCCACCAUCCCAUCAUGGCGCUGCCCGAGGCCCAGCCCCUGGUGCACUUCCCAGGCUCCCCUCAGCCUCCUCUACCCACCCAGGCCCCCAUCCUUGCUUCUCCUUCCAGACCUUCUGCUGGCCGUUGCUGAACGGACGAAAGGGCCCCUUUGUGAUGUCUCAGUCUGGGGGUGACUCCCUAGGGGUCUUAGUCCCUGGAGCCAUUAGGCUGUGGGGCCCCCUCUGAGUUUUCAGUGCUGUUUGGGGAUCCCAGGGGUUUCCUCGCCUGCUUAGUCCAUCAACCCUUCCAACCUCUGAUGUUCUGCCUGAUUCCGGGUCUCUCCUGACCUCUGGAGGUCAGCUUGCUGCUUGAGGUCUUCCUGCUCCUGGCAGCAGCAGCAGACCUCUCCCCUUUCUCUCAGCCCUUCUGCUGGGUGAAGAUUCCCAGGGACUCCCCUCCAGCUGCCUCUGGGUCAGGGACCAGCUGAGCAGGGCUGGGCCCCCACCCUCCUACUCACUGAAGCAAUGGCAGUGAAGGCUGGAUUUGAAGUCUGUACCCCCUCACCCAGUCCCCUUGUGAUGCUCAUUAAAGCCUUUCCGCUCCCUGGAACCUCCUCAUUCCUUGGUGGUCUUUGCCCUGGGCCCUGAGGCAAGGGGGAAUCUCACCACGGAAAGAAGCCAGAAUGCCUGGGUCCUGGCAGGUGCUGUUAGCCCUGGGCAAGCAGCAAUCCCCACCCGGCUCCGUGAAGGGCCGAAAGCCAUGUGUCACCAUCCCUGGUCCCUCCUAGCCCCCACUCAGACUCCUAUUCCACUUCUGGGCACACAGUGCGUCCCGUUAGGCCUCUUUCCAGUUCCCUGAGAGAGCAGCCACAGCCCUCUGCCUUGACUCAUGAGCAGUGCUGACGUCCUGAGUCCUCAUCAUCAGAUUCUUCCAAUACCCAGAGAAGUUUGUGGGACGGGAAGGUAGGGGUGAAGGAAAGGGAUGUGGGAGGCCAGAGCUGAACUGCGAGGGGGACAAUGCUGGCUUCUCCCUGUUCUUGCCCUGAGUGAGCCCCUGCACCCUGGCCCUCUGCUAGACCAGCAGUAAGGCAGGAAACCCAGCCGGCAGGCUCCAGAUCAGGGGUUUUGAACCUGGGGUCGUGUACCCCAAAGUUCCAGAUUUUUCAGAGGGUGCACAGGCACAGACGGUUUUAUCGAACCCCAUUUACAGAUCCUCAAGGUUUUAAGAUCAUCUGCUCAGGACAGACCUGUAGUCCGGGGGGCGAGCGCUCUCCUUCCUCAACGCCCCUUCACAGUAACCCUCCCCAGUUACCCUGUGCCUGUCCUGAGGGUCACUGUGCUGCCUUAAGUGGGGGCGAGCUUGCUCACGUUUCUCUUGGGGGGGGUGUCGUCUCUCUAAUUGUGGUAAAAAACAUGUAACAUAAUUUUACCCUCAACAACUUUUUUUUUCCCCCAAGAUUUUAUUUAUUUGAGAGAGAGAGAGAGAGAGAGCGCAAGCAGGGUUGGGGCAGAGA